AUGCACUUCGCCUGUGAUCUUAUAAUGAUGAAGGGAACGCGACAUUGGACCCCCCCAACAGUGGCCCCGGAGGGUACCCCGACACCAGCCCCCCCGACACUAGCCCCACCCGAUAUUGGCCCCCACCGUUUUUGCAGGGGGGGCUACAGUCGGCGAAGAGGGCGACACCAGCCCCCCCUGGCAAUAGAAGCGGGGGGGCCUUUGUCGUGUAGGCAUACGACACCAGCCCCCCCUCUUAAAAUCAUUCAAGUACGGGGGGGCCAGUGUCGUAGUAUCAUACGACACCAGCCCCCCCCCCUUCAAAUUAAUUCAAUCGAAGGGGCUGUCGCAGUGGCAGUCGACAACAGUCCCCUAAAAGCGGCAAGAAGUGACCAUAAUGUUUCAGUUUUUUCAUAAUGAAUUAACAAGCAAAUUAUCAAUAUGGUUAUGGAAAAAGGCCAUAAGGAAGUAGCAACAAAAUUGGUUGAAACAGCGUAUAUGAAAAUCAAACAGAUGCAGCUCGCAAAAUACUACAAAGCUACAACAGAUGCAGAAAGAGCUGAAAUUGAAUUGAAACCUAUUGUCAUAUUUCAUAAAGCUUUAGAAAAUUGCAAACCCGUACUUCAAUUGACACCUAUCAAACGAGGUGGUGCAACAUAUCAAGUUCCCAUCCCCAUCACGGAAAACCGUGCCCGGUUCCUUGCCAUGAAAUGGAUGAUUCUGGAAUCCAGAAAAAAAGAAAGUACGGUACACUUUCCUGAAAGGCUUGCAUAUGAGCUACUAGAAGCUUUCAAUAAUACUGGCAAAGUGGUUAAGAGGAAACAAGAUUUGCAUAAACAAUGUGAAACUAACAGGGCAUAUGCUCAUUAUCGUUGGGGAUAACUAAAGCUAACAAUUUUUCAUAUUACUUAUUACUUGUAGUUGUUAAUACACAUUUUCAAGAAAA